AUGGAUAAAUAGUCCAGAUUAUUCUUGCAACCUUUCAUAAAGUCAAAUGCUGUUAAUGAUUACAUCAUUGUUGACUCUAUAUUUGUACCAGAUUCAGAUCUACUGAGAUUUAAAGCUUACCAUAAAGCACAAAAUUAAUUAGUCGAGAUUAUAAAGGAAAAAGUCCUAAUCACUGAAGUGAAUAUUAAAAGACUAAAAGCAUAUAUUAUUGCUCUAGAAUAGAAACUCCUGCAGUUAUUUGAUUUUUUGUUAGAAGUAGACAUGCUUAACGCGAACUACAUUUAUGUCUACAAGAUUAAACUAGUAAAACAAGAGUAAUAUAAUGAUGAUAUCAGUAUCUUUAAACUAGAAGAUUUCCUUAAUCUAAAUCAUUAAGAAAUGGAUAUGCUUGAAAAAAUUUAGAUUUUAUAGAGUAUUAUUAAGUUAACUCAGCAGCAUUAAUAUUUGACAAAAUGCCCGAUCCUAUGUUUAACUUUAGACAAUAUUACAGUAAAAAGAAUUUCAAAUGAUUUUUUGAUUGGCUUGAAUAGCUUAGAAGUAGAUAUAUCUAGGAUUAUUGCACUGCAGAAGCAUGAUAAUUCACUUCUCAAUUACUUACCUCCUGAACACCUUUUUAACUCACAAGAAUAUCAUAGCAAGUGUGAAAAUGAUAAUUGGAUGAUAGGAUUGCUAAUAUUUAGAGUACUAUUUGGAUAUGAUGUUUUCUAGAUGCCUAAUACCUAAGAGAAAUUGAAUCAAAUUAUCAAAAUAAUUGGGCUGCCUAAAAGUUAAGCAGAUAUUCCCUAUUGCAACUAAGAAUUAUACACCUCAAUAUUCGAUUAAGUGAAUUCUAUUAGAUCUAGGAGCUUCAUUGAUUAUAUACAAUUUUAGGACAUUGAUUAAUAGGGUAAUUUGAUCCUGGCAGAUGUGCUAAAGCGUUUAUUAUGCUGGAAUCCCUUAGAAAGAAUGAGAUUAUCUAAUGUGUCUGAAUAGCUACAUAAGCUUAAGAACUAUAUCAGCUAACCUUUUGGAAAUAACUUACAAUUGAGCCAAUCUAUAUCAAUGAAAUAAGAGAGUCUAAAAAACUCUACUAUUGAAGGAUUUUAGAUUUUCAAAAUCAACACAUAAAAUUCAGUAUUCCAAAGCAAUAAAGUCCAAAAAUCUGCUGAGGAUACAGAACUAGAAUUUUCCAUUAGUCAAAAGCUCUCUACAAACAGACUGUCCUCAAAAUAAUAGAACUCUCCAAUAAAGCACUCAGCAAGCAUGACCUUUGAAAAGCUCAUGGAUAAGCAAUAAGAGAAUAUACUAAACUUUUAAAAACUUAAAGCUAGAUGCCUUGACUAUUAAAAAGAUUACCAAUAAAAGAGAAGGUAAUAGUCUAGAGACAAUAGUUAAAGUGAAAUUUCAAGUUUCAGACUAUUGCCAGAAGGGUCCAACAAAUUAAAGGAAAACAAAAACUUUAUUAAUAUAUAAGGUGAUAACAAUUCCUCAGCUUACAUUUCACCAAGGGAUUUUAAUCUUAAUAAGAUUUCACUUAAGGAUUCUAUUGAAAAGAAAUUACUUUACACUGAUAGUUUGCAUAAAAAUGAUGAUAUAAUGUCCAGAAAUAUUGAAACAGUUUUAAAGCAGGAUAAAUUCCUCAUUGAUAGUUUGGAUGAGAGAAGAGAUAAAGAUAUAAGAGCUCUAAAAUUACAAUUUAAUAGUAUAGAUGAAAGGAAUAGAGAUGAUUAUUAGAUAAAUCAUAAUGCGAAAACUAAUAAUAUACUAAUUUAGGAACAAUUAUGA